AUGGAUCCUCCUUCACCCCAAGCACUCAUUUCUGCCAUGGAGCAAUUGUACAGUUUAGGAGCACGGGAUGAGGAGGGGCUGCUCACCAAAUUAGGUAGGAAAAUGGCUGAGUUUCCUCUGGAUCCACCCUUAUCUAAGAUGCUAUUGGCCAGUGUGGACCUUGGAUGCAGCCUAGGGAAAAACAAGCAGGCAGAUCAGAAGAGAGCCAAGUUUUUCCAGCCAGAGGGAGAUCAUCUGACUUUACUUGCAGUCUAUGAGCCUUGGAAAGCUAAGAAUUUUUCAGGGCCAUGGUGUUUUGAGAACUUUGUUCAGUCUCAAUCCUUGAGGAGGGCACAGGAUGUCAGAAAACAGCUUCUCAGCAUCAUGGACAACAGCGCCCUCUUCCAGAGACAACCAGAUUGGGUGAUCUACCAUGAACUGGUUAUGACUACAAAGGAGUACAUGAGCAAGGUGACGGUCGUCGACCCCAAAUGGCUCGUGGAACUGGCACCCAGGUUCUUCAAAGUGGCAGAUCCCACCAAGAUGAGCAAGUGCAAGCGUCAAGAACGUAUUGAACCGCUAUAUGAUAGAUACCAUGAACCGAACUCUUGGCGUCUUAGUAAGCGACGUGCUUGA